GCACGACCAAGGUCUUAUAAGUACUGCAGCGAGCACCGUGUAACACUGUUCCACCCUGCGAAGUGCGACGUCUCGAACCCUGCCCGCCCAUCAGAUCUCUCUUAAGCCGAACUGCCCCACGAUCCCACAGCACCCGGUUCUUUUUCGCCGCCAGCAAACGCGGGCUUGUUGACAGCCGAUCGGUAUAAGUACAGAGUGAUCUCAAUCAACGCCCUUCUCCCCUCUUCCGACAAGCCAGCGCUGCUCCUCCCGGUGCCGCCACCGACUUCCUCAAAGAGCAGAUCUUCAAGCAAGAGAAGAGCAACUUCCAUUCCUCCUCGUUGAACAGCGCCGUUGUCACCGUCGGCAUGUCGAAACCCGUGAACAAGACCUCGCUCCACCCGAGUGGUGUGCAGCCGCAUCCCGAGCACACGGAGCUCGAGGAGGAGUUGCACGAGAAGGCCCGCAUUGACUACGAUCGCGUUGCCAUUAUUGCCAACCCCGCCGUCUCGUCGCUCUACGAAGAUGCUCUCGUCUACGAAACCGGCUCCGCCAUGACCUCCACCGGCGCCCUCUCCGCCUACUCUGGAGCCAAGACCGGCAGAUCUCCCGCCGACAAGCGGAUAGUGAAAGAGGAAAGCUCGGAGAAGGAUGUGUGGUGGGGACCGGUGAACAAGGCCAUGACUCCUGAGGUCUGGCGCAUCAACCGAGAGCGUGCGAUCGAUUAUCUCAACACACGCAAUCGCAUUUACGUUAUUGACGGCUACGCUGGCUGGGAUGAGAAGUAUCGUAUCAAUGUGCGCGUGGUCUGCGCCCGCGCGUACCACGCCUUGUUCAUGCGAAACAUGCUUAUCCGUCCCUCCCGGAAAGAACUGGAGAGCUUCCACCCCGACUAUGUCAUCUACAACUCGGGCUCCUUCCCGGCCAACAGGUACACCACCGGCAUGACCUCGGCCACCUCGGUCGCCAUCAACUUCGCCGAGAAGGAGAUGGUCAUUCUCGGUACCGAGUACGCCGGUGAGAUGAAGAAGGGUGUCUUCACUGUCUUGUUCUACGAAAUGCCCGUCAAGCAUAACGUUCUGACCCUCCACUCCUCUGCGAACGAGGGCAAGGACGGCGACGUCUCGGUCUUCUUCGGCCUGUCUGGCACCGGCAAGACGACGUUGUCCGCCGACCCGAACCGCGCCUUGAUCGGUGACGACGAGCACUGCUGGAGCGACAACGGCGUCUUCAACAUCGAGGGCGGUUGCUACGCCAAAUGCAUCGGCCUGUCUGCAGAGAAGGAGCCGGAUAUUUUCAACGCCAUCAAGUUCGGCGCUAUCCUGGAAAAUGUGGUCUUCGACCCCGACACCCGUGUUGUCGACUACGAAGAUUCCAGCCUGACGGAGAAUACCCGCUGCGCGUACCCCAUCGAGUUCAUCCACAACGCAAAGAUCCCUUGCAAGUCCGAUAACCACCCAUCCAACAUCAUCCUCCUCACCUGCGACGCUCGCGGUGUGCUCCCGCCCAUCUCCAAGCUGGACAAAAACCAGGUCAUGUUCCACUUCAUUUCCGGCUACACUUCGAAGAUGGCCGGCACUGAGGACGGCGUUACCGAGCCACAGGCCACCUUCUCGUCCUGCUUCGCCCAACCCUUCCUGGCGCUGCACCCCAUGCGCUACGCCAAGAUGCUCGCGGACAAGAUCGAACAGCACAGCGUCAACGCUUGGCUUCUCAACACUGGUUGGGUCGGUGCGGGAGCGUCAACAGGCGGGUCCAGAUGCUCGUUGAAAUAUACCAGAGCAAUUUUGAACGCGAUCCACAGUGGCGACCUCGCCAAGGCUGAAUACGAGAACUACGACAUCUUCAACCUGCAGGUCCCGAAGACGUGCAAGGAUGUGCCCGACGAGAUCCUGAACCCCAAGAAGAGCUGGACCGGCAAUGCGGACUUCACGGAGGAAGUCACCAAGUUGGCGGAGCUGUUCGUGGAGAACUUCAAGAACUACGAGGAGGAGGCUUCGGACGAUGUGAAGAAAGCGGCUCCGCAGUUGUAAGCGGCGCAUAAGAAAGUAUUGGCGCUGGUGGUGCCGGAUCGAAGUCACAAAUUGCCGGAGUAUCAUAUAAGUCACGUGCAAGGCUACUUAGUAAUCACUUAGUACUCACACAAAUUGCCCGAUUAGGAAACACGUCUGCACCUGCAUGGCAUUACUGCUCACACCUUACCCGCGCCCUGAUGUGAAGCACGCCCUCGGUGACAAUCUUCUACACUGACUUCGCCGCUCGCACGACCGAGUUUCGCUUGUCUCGGAUUGGACGGGAAUCGCACAUCAUGGUAUCUCGUUUCGAUUUCUAGUAGAUCUUCAACCGCGACCCGCCGUUCCGCUCAUGCGUGCUCCACAACCACCAUGGUGUUUGCGGCACGUCAAGAGUAGGCCAAAUUCUGAAGGAAGUAGGGGUUUAUACGGCUGUGGUUGAUAUUGUAAAUCAUCGAUAUGAC